UUUACAAGGACUACUAGAGUUCUUUUGUGUAAUUCCCGGUACUAGUGAGCGAUGCUAGUCAUCCCAUCAUAACCCCACCUUGUCAUUAGGUUUCAACACUAGUGCAGUUCCCCUUCGACGACAAGACGGCAAUCAACCCCACGGAGUCUCCUUCGUUCAUCAUACCAGCAGCUUUCACCCCCGCCACCCAAACAGGGUCACUUAAACGUUGAGUGCUCACCUGGUCACCUUCUGAUACUUACGCAUAGUAUCUUCACCCGCAAGUUGCGAUUCUGAAUCCUUGGACUUUCAUUUCGCUCAAGAGGCCUAUUUUCCGAGAUCAAGAGACAACAGAAGGAGAAAAUGAACGUGCUCAAACUACAGAGGAAAUUCCCGCAAUUCGAUCAGGCGGACAUUUUCUCCCUUCAAGAUGCAUUUCGAAAGCUGGAUGUCGACGAUAGGGGCUAUCUAGACGAGGCCACUGUGAUCAAGGCAACGCAACAAACGGAACGGAAGCCUUAUGAUGUCGUACGCCAAGCCUUGAAAGAGGUUGAGUUGGACAGUUCCCGCCGCGUCGAACUGGAGGACUAUGUGGAUCUCAUCUCCAAGGUUCGCUUUUCUCCAGCGCAAAAUCACGCUGGUGGCCAUGGUCCCGCAGCAGUAAUACCCGGAAAUGUCACUGGGCAGUCCCGCCACGUCUCUAAGGGGAGCAUCGGCGGGAAAAUCCAUGUACAAGGAUCGUCUGCAAAUGUGACACACACUAUAAACGAAGAUGAGAGGACCGAAUUCACUAGGCAUAUCAAUGCUGUUCUCGCAGGGGACCCAGACAUCGGCCACUCUCUACCUUUUCCUACGGAUACAUUUGAGAUGUUUGAUAAAUGCAAGGACGGUUUAGUGCUAGCAAAGCUUAUCAAUGACAGCGUUCCAGACACGAUCGACGAGCGUGUUCUUAACAAGCCUGGGAAGAGAACGAAGGAAUUGAACGCUUUCCACAUGACCGAGAACAACAACAUUGUCAUCAACUCCGCCAAGGGAAUAGGAUGUUCAGUUGUCAACAUAGGGAGCGGCGAUAUUAUUGAAGUUCGUGAGCAUCUUAUCCUGGGCCUCAUUUGGCAAAUCAUCCGCCGAGGUCUUCUCGGCAAGAUUGACAUAAAACUUCAUCCGGAGCUUUACCGGCUGCUUGAAGAAGACGAAACAUUGGAGCAGUUCCUUCGCCUUCCUCCGGAGCAGAUCUUGCUACGUUGGUUCAACUAUCACCUGAAGAAUGCAAAGUGGGAUAGAAGAGUUACAAAUUUCUCAACCGAUGUGAAAGACGGGGAGAAUUACACCAUACUUCUUAAUCAACUGGCACCUGAGAUUUGCUCAAGGGAACCCCUGCAAGUCCAAGAUUUGGUUCAGCGCGCUGAACAUGUUCUAACCAAUGCGGAAAAGCUCGACUGUCGGAAAUUCCUGACUCCUACUUCCUUGGUUGCGGGGAAUCCGAAGCUUAAUCUCGCAUUUGUGGCAAACUUGUUCAACACAAUUCCUGGUCUUGACCCGAUUACAGAAGAAGAGAAACUCGAGGUUGAGGACUUCGAUGCUGAGGGUGAACGAGAGGCCAGAGUUUUCACUCUCUGGCUAAACUCUCUCGACGUACAGCCUUCUGUCAACUCACUGUUUGAUGACCUACGCGAUGGAACCAUCCUGCUACAAGCGUAUGAUAAGGUAAUUUCUGGCAGUGUGAACUGGAAACAUGUCAACAAGCCCCCAACGUCUGGCGGAGAAAUGAUGCGGUUCAAGGCGGUCGAGAAUACCAAUUAUGCAAUCGAGCUUGGUAAACACAUUGGUUUCUCCCUUGUAGGUGUACAGGGAGCAGAUAUCACUGAUGGCCAAAGGACUCUUACGUUGGGACUGGUCUGGCAACUGAUGCGAAAAGACAUCACAAUUACUCUCUCUAGCCUAGCACAACGCAUGGGCAAACGCGAAAUGACUGAUGCAGAGAUGAUAAAAUGGGCAAAUGAGAUGUCCCGAAGGGGAGGAAGAACUACGACGAUUCGCAAUUUCAAGGAUCCGUCUAUUGGAUCCGGUAUCUUCUUACUUGAUGUGCUCAAUGGCAUGAAGAGCAGUUACGUGGACUAUGAGCUCGUGACGCCUGGCCGGAGUGAGGAAGAGGCCUAUGCCAACGCUAAGUUGAGUAUUAGCAUAGCACGAAAGCUCGGGGCGACGAUUUGGCUCGUCCCCGAAGAUAUUUGCCAAGUUCGGUCUCGCCUAGUGACCACGUUCAUCGGUUCGCUCAUGGCUACAUACGAGAAAAUGCAAUAGUUGUUCGAUCCAGGACUCUUUCGCAAGGAGGGCUUCGUCUAUGUUCUUGCACCUCAUGUUGCAAACUCCAAAUUCUGCGUCUCUACUCAUAGUUAUAUCUGAAUAUCACCUUUAAUUAAGGUCCUAACAUCA